GGGUGAGACAGUCAGUGUGAGCGAGAGAGAGAGACAGGAGCCCGGGCCGGCGCAGCUGUCCCUAGCAUUCCAGGCGUGUCGUCAGUCCACAGAUUGGAGAAUCAAAAGGGACUAGGGGCCAUUCUGACACUUUUCCUUUGGUAGUUGACUUAGUUUGCUUUAGUCCUUUUCCUUUGGACACUUCUGCUUUACAUCUAUCCCACUCCGACCAGUUUUGGGCCAGAGGCCCCCAAUAUGGCGGACCAGUAUAACACCAACGAGGAGAAAAUCGUGAAAGACAGUCACACCAAGGAGAUUGAUUUGAUCAACAGGGACCCUAAGCAAAUCAAUGAAGAUGUUGUGAAGGUGGAUUUUGAGGAUGUGAUAGCUGAGCCCGAUGGCACCCACAGCAUGGAUGGAGUGUGGAAGGCCAGCUACACCACCUUCACCGUCUCCAAGUACUGGUGCUACCGUGUGCUGUCGGCCAUCUUUGGCAUCCCCGUGGCGCUGCUGUGGGGCUUCUGCUUUGCCUGCAUCUCCUUCUGUCACAUUUGGGCAGUCAUGCCCUGCAUUAAGAGCUAUCUGAUCGAGACCCAGUGCCUGAGUCGAAUCUACUCUCUCUGCAUCCACACCUUCUGUGACCCCUUGUUCGAAGCUCUAGGGAAAAUCUUCAGCAGCGUACGGGUGGCGUUACGCAAAGAGGUUUAGAUUUAUAAGACAAGUCAAGGUUUACAUGUUCAGUCCUUGGAGGAAAAUGUUUUAUUUUACCAUUAUCUAUUAUUGGAGUGUGGAUUUUGAGAUCCUUAAAAAUGAAAAGACUACACGAAUAAAAGAAUGCCCAGGGAUGGUUAAUCCUAUGCAGUGUUUUUUAUGUUCUCAGUUUAUGUUAGAGGCUUUGGGAGCAAUUCAGGAUUAGGCCACCUGCUUUUUCAGAGAGACGUAUGAUGAAAGGCCUCUAUUACAGACACUGGAGAAUAAGUCUUAUAUAUCAUGUGGUUUCUCUCUUCGACAGAUUUAAAAUGGGAUGUUGCUGAGUGUGGUAUUUUUAUCAUGACAAUGUCAGAUAUAUUCUGUACAACUACUAAUUAAAAAGUUAAGUAAAAAUAAUAAUGGUUUGAAUUGUUUAUUAUAAAUAUAUAUUUCCUUUUUUUACUCUUUUCCUACCCUAUACAACAAUUAAACACAGAAAUUUUAUUUCCCUCAGUGGGACACUGAAAACAUUUAACGUCUUUAAACUGAAGCCAUGAAUUUGCAAUGAAAUAUGUUUUCAUGAACAUAUUUCAUCAAAUUUUCCCUUUUCCCUUAAUAAAUACCAAAUGGUUCAGCUGGGAAAAAAUAAAUAAAUAAAUAAAUAAAUUAUGACUUUGCAAUUUGAUCUAUUUGCUUUCAGCUGCUCACUUUAGUUGGCUUAUUAUUCUCCACUUUUCAAAACAUUUAGUCACAGUUCGACAUAUCAGCACACAAUUUAUUUCAAUAAAUAAAAGCUACAGCUACACAUAGUGAAUGUAAAUAGGCAGUAUAUUUUCCAGGAGGAAAAAAAUCAGUAGCUUUUGAAAUAAGAAAGUAACAAGCAUUUCAGUGAAUAGUAUAUUUAAACCUUAUAAAAUAAAUAUUUCCUGCUGUUAAUAGCUACUGCCUUUAUCAUUGUCUUUAUCCUUCUCAUUUCGCAGCACUCAUAAACAAUUGUACGAAAUUCACUUUUCCUCUUGUACACAUAUUUUCUUUAGAGUAUUUUAUAAAGAUGAAGCUACAAACAUAGGCAACAUGAAAUCAUGUUUUUAGAGCGAUAUUAAGCAAAAUAUGUAACUGGAAUAAACACUUUAAUCUCAUUGAACAAACACUCCGUCUUACAGGAAAACAACCAUAAAAGUGAAGGAGUAAACAAUCAGUCCUUUGCAUUUUGAAAACAAACCAGGUGUUUGCCAUGUUUGAUUACCAUGAUGCACUGCAGAAACAUUUUGCAAAGAGAUGUGGUCCUUUGGGCAUGACAGUAAAGUUUACACGUAAAAUGAUAAAGACCAUACAGUGAUAACAACAUAAUCAUGUAUGUGCCAAAAAUGAAAGUGCUCUGUUUUCUUAAAACAAACAAAAGUACUCUCUUUUGACAAGUCAGGUUCAUUAAAAAGAGCAACUGGCCAUGUUUCUCAUUAGCUUUCAGAAGAAACACUUCAUGUGUCAUCAACAUCUUGUUUUCAUCUGUGUGUUGUUAACCUCCUCGUCUCGAACCCAUAUGCGAACUGUUUUGUGUUGAGUGACAAUUGCUUCCUCAUAACCCAUAAAAUUAUAUAACCUGCUGUCAUCUUCAAUUCAAUGUAUGUCAAACUUGAUUUUUCACAAUAAGCAGUGACGAUCCGAUUACCUCUCACUGCCGUCUUCAUGAAGGUACGGAGGCAUGAGUACUGUAAAUAAUAAAAGUUUCAUUUUUGGAUGAACUAUC